UUAAUAAGCCAGGUACGGCACGUAGAAAGCCAACUGAAUCGUAUAUUCGGCGUUCCUUGCAUCAAAGUACAAAAUCGCUUUGAAAUCAGCAAAACAAUCCCGAAGAGUCCGCAACUCGGUGAACUUGAAAAAGCAGUCAGAACUCUAUCACAACCAUCGUCGAAUUCUCUUCUAUCAUCUUCACGAAUCCUGAAUUUGCUUCAGCAAACAGCGCUUCCGGACAUAAUCAUUUCUGGAGACCAGCAGAAUCUUACUGAAUUGUACGAAAAUGAACUGCAAUGGUUAGUAGUUAGCAAGGCGACUAUUCAAGUAUACGGAAUAAUCCUCGACAUCAUACUAGAUCAAACAAUUCCCUUCAACCGAGAAAUUUGGUACUGGGAUAAGGUUUUGGGAUCUUAUACCUACUCUAGUCUAUUUGCGCUACAAACCUUACCGAAAAGGCUAUGGUCGUGGACCAAAGAAAUCUUUCAUCAUAUAAAACAUCACUUUUCAAGACCAAAUGGGUCAUCUGGAAUGAGCAGUUCGGAUGGAAGAUGGGGGAACCUCUUUGGCCAAUGGAAGAAUUCUCACACACUUUUCUGGGACCCUAUCGAAGAGAAAUCGUUUGCAAGUUUGCAACGGCGAAUUUUAUCUCCUAUAGAAAUAUGCAGGGCGAGUGCCAGACGAAAUCAAACGCGAUUGAAGCGAUUACGAGAGUUGGGAGCUAGUGGGCUAGGUAUGUUAAUGGAUGAAGGUCUCAACUUUGAAUCUGGAGAUGAUAUUUCCGAGAACAUGGAGGUAGAAGGUAGUUAUUGCAAUGACUGGAAGAUUGUCAUAGAACGGACUGUAGCUCUGAUGAGUGGUGUGCUUACAAAUAUCUCUUCGUACGAAAUGGGGGUUACAGAAUUUGAAGAGACCGUUUUUGCCAGGGUUGAAGAUCACUCUGCUGAAGUUUCUUGUGUGGAAGAUGAAGAUGCGGACGGAGUGACACGGCCGCUAAAGAUAAGUUUGAGGCUCCAACACAUCCUCAAAUACCAAAUUCCUGAACAUAUUCUCCGUUCUCAGAAAGUAACCUGCUGCUUUAGUCGACCAUCGCGAUUAGUUCGAUAUUGGCUACCAACAAGUGCAUUCUUUCUAUUUUCUACCUUAACACUAAAACUACUUGUUGAUCGUAAGGACCAAAUCAUUGAAUGUGUUCAAACCCUUGGAGAAACAGUACGAGACUUCCUGCUAAAUUGGGUUCUUGACCCCGUCAAAAAACUUAUCGGGACUAUUCGACACGAUCCCAACAGUGAGCUUGCCAUCAUAAGCAAAGAGAGCCUAAAGGGGGAUCGGGAAAGUCUAGAACAUAUGGUGGUUGAAUUUGCCCUGGAUAAUCCCCAGUUUUAUGGUAGCGCCACAUCAUUAAGUGAGGCUCAAGUUUCUGAGAUCAGAGGAAAAGUGAGGGAAGGAGAUCUUACACCGGUUCUUCGAGCCUAUGAGAGGAAUAUUCGGAGGCCUUUUAAGGGAACUGUCAGAGGGGAUUUAAUUAGAACGCUGUUAAUCCAAGUCCAGAAGACGAAAGUGGACGUUGAAAUCGCUCUAAGCGGUAUAGAUGCUUUGCUUAAGAGUCAAGAGCUUGUAUUUGGUUUCUUAGGCCUAACACCAGGAAGCCUGAUAUGUUUUGCCUCAAUUCGGUACCUAGGGAGCUUCUUUGGAAAUAGGAGGGGGAAUGUGAAGGGCCACAUGGCUGAGGAAACUUUACGGGUCCUACGCAAAAUUGAUCGGAUUCUUGCAGAGGCUACUCCGCUCCAAGAAAACAUCCUCUCGUACCGAGAUCAUGGUCUUCUUCUAUGCGAGAUCCACGUCAUGCGCAGGAACAUUAGGGGGCUUUUCCCUGCUGAAAUUGCGCAAGAAUUCUUGGAGGACGUUAGGAACUUGAGUGACAUCAACCGUGGGUUCCAGGCCCAGCUAAAAGCUCUUGAUCGCAUCAAGUGGGGGUAUGCAAAGUGGCUACAAUGA